AUGUACCAAUCUAGGAAGCAGUUUAAGGCUAAAUUAAAAUGGUGUCAAAACCACGAACAGCAAAUUAAGAAUGAUAUAAUUGCCCAACAUCAUUGCAGUAAAAGCUUUGGACCCUUUUGGAAAGCUGUAAAUAAAUUAAAUCACAAAACGAGUGCUCCCGCGACUAUCGCGGGUGUUCAAGACCCUAAGGAUAUAGCCGACCUCUUCCAGAGUCAUUUCAAAGUGGUUUCCCCAUUGGGACCUUCUGCGCGGGUGUUUAAUGCUGGGGCCAUAUCUGAGACUACCUUAACUAUAACUGCAAAGCAGGUGGCUUCUAUAAUAAAAACCAUGGUUAGGGGUAAGUCACCGGGGCACGAUGGUCUCAGCAUUGAACAUCUGCUGCAUGCAGGUGUUCACUUGCCCAGGGUUCUUUCAAUGUUUUACACCCUGUGUAUGGGCCACUGUUACUUACCGGACGAUCUCAUGCGUACUGUUGUGGUCCCAAUUGUGAAGAAUAAGACCGGUGAUUUUUCUGAGCUGUCCAACUAUAGGCCGAUUUCAUUAGCAACCAUUGUAGCCAAGGUGCUGGACAGUGUGCUGGAUGGUUAUUUGAAGGGGCACCUCCGUUUGAAUGACGCGCAGUUUGGCUUCAGGUCUGGAUUGUCUACGGAGAGUGCCAUCAUGUGCCUGAAGCGCACUGUCCAGUACUAUACAGCUGGAAGAACACCGGUUUUCGCGUGCUACCUCGACUUGUCCAGAGCGUUCGAUCUAGUACCAGACACCAGAGGGCGCCACUAG